UAGCUUUAAACUUGGACUUAUAUUUUCCAUUUAAGAAAAUUAUUAAAACUUCUAAGCCUUUGAGGCUGGAAGAUCAAAAGAGAAAGCUGAAGAGGGUUCCAUGGAGGUUACUAGUAAGUUGAUGGCUAUUGUUGUAGAUCAAGAAGAUGAUGAUCAAGUAAUCCUUCCAGGGUUUCGAUUUCACCCGACUGACGAAGAGCUUGUCUGGUUUUAUCUCCGACGAAAGGUGGAGAAGAAACCAAUUGCCAUCGAAAUCAUCAAACAGAUUGAUAUUUACAAAUAUGAUCCAUGGGACCUCCCAAAAGUGAGCAAUGUGGGAGAUAAAGAAUGGUAUUUUUUCUGCAAAAGAGGGAGGAAGUACAGAAACAGCAUAAGACCAAACAGGGUGACAGGCUCAGGGUUUUGGAAAGCAACAGGAAUUGAUAAACCAAUUUUUUCCACACUCAAAUUAUCAUCAAAUGAUCAUAAUGCUAAUGCUAAUAUUAUUGGGCUAAAGAAAUCUUUGGUUUACUAUAGAGGAAGUGCUGGUAAAGGCACCAAAACUGAUUGGAUGAUGCAUGAGUUUAGGCUUCCUUUCAACAACAACAAUAUCAUUCCUCAUCAACAUGAUCAUAAUAAUGCUGAAGUUUGGACCUUAUGCAGAAUCUUAAAAAGAAUCCCAUCCUUCAAGAAGUAUAUUCCAACACUACAUAAUAACAAUAAUGAUAAUCAAACAUAUCCCAAACCUCAAAACCCUAAUAAUUCCAAUAUUAUUUUCACUUCUAAACCUAAAACCAACUUUCAAUCUCAACCUUAUUCAACUGGCCAUCAUCAUCUCAUACACCUUGAAACUAAGCCAAAGCCUUUUGAACAAUUAACCAACCCUAACUUAACCCUACCCAGCUGUGCUUCUUCCUUUGAAUCCUCUCCUAUAUGCCUCUCAAGCUUUUGGAAUGGUGUCGAGGGGGAAGGCGGAGGAGAUGAUGAUAACUUCGCAACCAAUGGAGGUUGGGAUGAGCUUCGACCUGUCGUUCAGUUUGCCGUUGAUCCUUCUUUUCAACUAUAUGAAUGUAUAUAAACGUCAUUGUACUUUGAUGUUUAGAAGUUGUUUGAAUCUUAAAUGGAACGGAAAGUUAUAAAGGUUUAGGAUUUGAUAAUAGUUUUGAGUUUACAUAUUUUACAAAGAGAUAUUAUAAAUAAAAACAAAAAAACAAAUUAAUUCAAACUA